UAAUAUUCAAAAUUCAAAUCCAUAAUAGAAUUAUCUAAAUUUAGUGAUGGACGAACACGGAACAUCCUCCACCUAGUAAAUGUUGCAUCGGUCAUGUACACAAUCGUAACGUAAGCACACAAAAAAAGAGUCGUAUUGAAAGUCUAUUAGUUUUCUAUUAUUAAAUCGAUAGAAGAAUAACUCUUUGGGCUAUGCGCAUCUUCCUUCAAGACAAAGGCAUCUUUCGCUCUCGAUUCUCAGCAUCUACCAAAAUAUUCAUACAUACACUUCCACUUGCACAUCAUCCAACGGCUUAGCUUCCUUCACUCAACUUGCUCUUCAUCCAACGGCCUAGAUUUCAUCUCGCCCUUCUCUCCUUUUAUAUAACCCACUGAAUCGCUCACCUCUUUGCAAAUCACAAACAUUUCAAGAAAGAGAUCGAUGUCGACAUUGGAAUCUCCAUUAGAGGCGUUGGCAUUUGAAUACGCUAGCUUCGGUGUUUUCGCCGUCGUCAACAACGUCUGGACAUGGAUCGCCGUCGUGACUGCCGCCGUCAGUUUCUGGAGGAUCAGAGUCACCACCAUCGGAGUCGGAGACGGCCAUGCAUGUGUCUUGAUAGAGGAAUUAACCGGUUCUAAAUCGGAAAACGAAUCCGGUCGUCUCGAACCGAAAUCAAUAACCGGUCCGGUUAAAGAAACGGUUGGCGCUAGAGUGAAGGAAACGGUUACGAAAACGGAGGUUUACGCGCCGCAAUCAAGAACGAGUUCCGUUAAAGAAACGGUUGCCGCUAGAGUGAAGGAAACGGUUACAACAACGGAGCCGUUAAUGUAUGAUGACGGAGUGACAAAAGGGAAGCUGACGAUGUACUAUGAGGUAGACGUUGAUGUUGACGGUGAGAGGUGUGUUGAGUCUGUUGACGGAGAGUUAACGGCCGUUAGCUACGGAGGCGGUUUGGGUAAUUGUGGCGGUGAGUGGUGGGAGAAAUGGGAAAGAGUGGUGAGGAUGAGAAAUGGUGAUGACGGUUGGUAUCGUUACGUGGAUUUAACGGUGAUUAACGGAAAUGUUGUGAGGUUUUGGGAUGACACCCAGAGCUAGUAACGGCGGCAGGUGUCUAAAUUAGAGGAUAAUCCUAUUUCGCAAACUUUUAAGUUUUUAAUCUUGAGAAACUUUCUUGGUUUAAAGUGUAUUUUUUGGUUGAUUAAGUUGUAAUUUGUAAAUAAUUUUCACACAAAGACCAGGAAGGAACACUUGAACAAGAAGAAAAUCAAUAUCAAUUGUUGUUGAAUCCUAUCAUUUUUCUAGUCGAACUUUUGUAACAUUUCCAUUGCAAUGAAUUCGUGAUAAGGGGUCAAAUA